GUGUUGAAAUGGUUAAGUUGGCAAAAAGAAAGAAAAAUGCUGUAAUGCAUUACGUAAAGUGUGGUUAUGUUGUGCAGUGUUUUAUGAUAAACAUCUGGUACGUAACAGUACGAAAUAACUGUAGUUAGCCAAGGGUUAUUUUGUGUGUUGGAUAACAGCGGUCAAAAUGUCUCUCUCCAAGCCUGUGUUCAACUUCUUAGGAUUCUACUUUGAACAACUGCAUACAAAUCCAGUUAAAACGAAGUCAAUCACUAGCUGUGUGAUAGCAACUCUUGGAAACUUAACAUCACAGUAUCUAUCUGGUGUAAAAGUAAUCAAUCAAGACAGCCUGAUUGCCUAUGGAAUGUUUGGGCUUCUGUUUGGAGGCUCAGUGCCCCACUAUUUCUACAGAGCAUUAGAUCAUUAUAUAUCUGAUGACGUUGCUCUGGCACCAGUUAAGCAGUUGAUUCUGGAGAGACUGAUCUUCAUGCCGCUGUUUCAGAUUUUGGCCUUAUAUAUGCUUGCAAGACUAGAGGGUAAAUCCCAACAGCAGGCGGCUAAACAGCUUUCUCAGCUGUACUGGCCUGUAGUUAUAGCCAAUUGGAAAUGGUUAUCUCUCCUGCAGUUUGUUAACUUUACAUUUGUUCAUCCAAUGUUGAGAGUGUUGGUGGCCAAUAUGAUUGGCUUUGUCUGGAUUGUAUAUAUGGCCAACAAACGCCGACAGUCCCGAGAUCAGAGAGGCAGCAGACAGUAAUGGACUCUGGAACAACACUGAAGAUCACAACAGAGAAGAAUAAAGGCUUCACCGUAUGAACUGUUCUUGAGCAACAUUUGACAUGGUUACAUUCAUAAAUAAAAAUUUGCUGUGGUCAGUCAAUCUUAACAGAAUUUUGGUAUGUAAAUAAAGUAUUUUGGUCCAGAGUUUAUUCAGGGGAUGUAAAGAAAAUCUGUAACAUGAACUUCAAGAGACAUUCAUAUAUACAAACAUUCCUUAUGGGUAGAAAUGAAUACUGUGUAUUUUAGAAGCAUUUAUAGAAACAUAUUUUGAAGGUAAAGUAAAAUAGUUUUUGGAUUAGGUAUUGUUUCAUAAAUCACUGCACUUUUGAAAGCGACAGUACAUUGCUGGACAUGUGGUAAAUGUAAAAUCAUUCUGCAUGACCAUAGCAUAUUAGGAACAUGGAAGGAUUGUGAGUAGUGCUUCUAGAUUUUUUGUGAAACAUUGUGUUUUAGUGUGGAACAGAGGUCAAUGGUCAGCUUCUGUCCAUUGUUCAACACUACUAGAAUUUUCUGUGAUCAGGAGAAUUAGUUGUUUCCAUCAUCAGAAAUGGAAGACAGCUUUUUCUUAAACUAUGAAAACUGUAUUGACAGUAUGCACGAUUAGCAGUUGUAUGUUACACAGAUAAUAUGAAAUCUAAAAUCUGUUUGGAAUUUAGGAUUUGAAGUUUUCAUGAGUCUGAAGAUGACUGUCUUCUGGGUUGUUGCACUGUGUAGUCUGGUAGAACCCAGAAGACAGCCAUCUUCUGUUUGGAAUUUAUGGAACAGCCAUGUGAUAUGGGCACCUGCUGUUGCAGCCAUAUUCUGCUAGUUUGUUUUACUACUUCUUUUAUGGUGUGAUGGGUCUUGCAACAAAAUAUUACUGAAUAUGAGGCAUAAUAAUAAUUUCAAUAUGAUGGAUUAAAGAUGAUGAAAUUUCUUUGUUUCCCAUAGUAGUGGCUGCUAUUUUAUUAGAAUAGAAGGGGUUAUAGACUGUCAUCCUAAACAAAAAUAAUAAUUUAUGAUUUUGAAAAUCAUAACUAACAAAACAAUUAACUACCUGUCUAGGUUUAGGUUCAUUUCAUUUUGAAAUUUGGGUGUUAAAAUACAGGAAUCAUCAAAAUAUAAGAGGUUAAAAAUGCAUUUAUAUUUGUUUUUCUUUCCUUUCAUUUUGUAAAUUUUGGAUUACAGGCUGUGGAACACGUUGAUAUGCUUCUAGAUGCACAAAUUAAUGUGUUCUUAAAGUUUUUGGAAUUUAUAAAUGUGAAGUAUCUGAGCAGACCUUUUCAGUUUCUUCUUAAUAAUUUCUUAAGCAUAUCCCAAAUACCUCCUACCUUGCAGUUGGGCAUACAACUAUUAUUUUCUAACAAGCAUAUUCAGUUGAAUAAUUACUGCUAAGUAUUCCUUCAUCCUUAAACUGUUGGUUUCCUUAGUGCUUAAGAUUUUGUUUUCAAGAAGUACAUUUUAGCAGUGCAUUGUAGUGAACCCCUUUGUGCUUCAGUGUUUGGAAGGUAAGAGAUGAGCUAUUCUGAUUAUGGUUCUUCAUAAUUAUCAUCAGUCUUGUUUUGGAGUAAUUUGUAAAAUUAUGAAUGGCUUUUAGUUAAAUUCCAAAUGUGUAAAUUUACGUGAUAGCCGAGGCAUGGCCUGGCAAAGGAACAGUAUGACAGUACAUAACCACUGCAGUUGACAGAACAUUGUUAAACAAACCAAGAACCUUUCCUAAACUACAAUCUCCUAUAAUAAUUGAAAGGAAAGAUCAUCCCUUAGCACAAGACAAAGCCAUAGUGCAUAACAGACAUCUUGCUUUCCACAUUUUAAAGCAGAUGCUAUGUUUAAGGAAUAAUUUUAACAUAGGAAAAGGUCAUAAUUGUACAUUUCUGAAAUUGGUUCUUGAUAUGCAUAGAUUUUAUAUAUUUAGAUUUUAUGUACAUUAUGUCAGUAGACACACAGGAUGUGUCUAUUUUACAGAAGUAUAGAAUUAUAUUUUUUAAUAAUGCUCAACAUUGUUGUUCUUAUUGUCCUUGUAUAACUGUUAUUUCCAUUCACAUUUAUAUGUUGUUUUAUAUAUAUAUAUACAUUACGAAUAAAGUAUUUGGUUUUUUCUCAA